UCAUAUUCAGUAAGCGAUUCUGUUGCGGCGCGUGGAGACGGUGAAAGCUAUGGCCAAUCUUCCUCCUACACUCGCUUCCCCCGGAGCUUCUUCUUCCAGCAACAAUCGCAGGCUUUUGACGGCGGAGCAGCUGGUGCUCGACAUCUGCGAUCCCAACCUCAGGGAGAAUGCUCUCCUCGAGCUCUCCAAGAGGAGAGAAAUCUUUCAAGAUCUGGCUCCGCUUCUGUGGCAUUCUUUUGGAACCAUUGCUGCUCUUACACAGGAGAUCACCUCAGUUUACCGUCUCUUGACUCCUCCGAAUAUGACUUCUGCUCAAUCAAACAGGGUCUGCAAUGCCCUUGCGCUUCUCCAGUGUGUUGCUUCUCAUCCCGAAACGAGAAUGUUGUUCCUUAACGCUCAGAUGCCACUGUACCUGUACGCUUUCUUGAACACAUCAAGCAAGUCAAAACCCUUUGAAUACCUGAGGCUGACUAGCUUGGGAGUUAUUGGCGCACUUGUCAAGGUUGAUGAUACAGAAGUAAUCAAGUUCCUUCUUAAGACUGAAAUUGUCCCAUUGUGCCUCCGGACAAUGGAAAUGGGCAGCGAGUUAUCGAAGACUGUUGCUACCUUCAUUGUUCAGAAAGUUUUGCUGGACGAUGUCGGGCUUGAGUACAUGUGCACCACAGCGGAGAGGUUCUUUGCUCUGGGUCGAGUAUUGGGGAAUAUGGUUACUUCACUUGCAGAAGGACCUUCUCCUAGACUGUUAAAGCACAUCAUACGCUGUUAUCUCCGCUUGACAGACAACCAAAAGGCCUGCGAAGCACUCAGAAACUGCCUCCCAGAUCUUCUAAGGGAUCCCUCAUUCAGCAGCUGUCUCUGUGAUGAUCCAUCUGCAAGGCAAUGGCUGCAGCAGCUGAUCCACAACAUUAGAGUUGGCCAUCCAGCACCUCGAGGGUUCGAGCAAAUGCGUGUGUGAAGUAAAUGGAACCCCCGAGUUUAUAUUCUGCGCAAAAACUUUUACUCAUUGGACAAAAAGUUAGGCGGAAUCAGAAUUUACAAAUGAAGAAAAGCAACACAUAACCAAAGAUUUUGAGGAUU